AUGCACGUUAAAAACUUUAUGAUUCCUGCAAAGCAAGUUAUUACAGCGUCACCUUCAUCCUCUUUAACUGAAGUUGGAUCCCUGAUGGUGACCAAUCACAUUGGUUGUGUACUAAUUGUCGAAAACUCAAAACCAAUCGGUAUUAUCACAAAAUCAGACAUGGUAAAAUACUAUCUGGAAAAUGCUGAUAUUAAAAAACCAGUCCAAGAAUUCAUGAGCACCAAUUUGAAAACAGUGAAGGAUACCUUAGAAACAGACCAAGCUGCAACUGAAAUGAAUUCUAGCAAACUUCACUAUCUCAUCGUUAAUGAUUCAAAGAAUAAUUGGGAAGGUAUUGUUUCAACGAAGGAUGUGCUUGAAGAGGAGGUGUUUGAAUCAAAGGCAUUUCCUUAUGUGACACGAGUUGGUAUUUCCAGAUCAUCGCCAUACAUUAAAUAUUAA